UUAAGUUCAAGUUGCUGACUCUCUCCUUCAUUUUUUUCAAUCAAUUCCAGAAUCACAGAGACUCAGCGGUAACGAAUUUGGAAAUUGAACAUAUUCAACCACUUGGUCAAAAGCUUGAAGCUUGAAGCAUACCUCGGUUUAAGACAAGCACUUCAUUGUUGAAGUAGUAGGAGCUGAUGAUCUGUGUGAUUGUAGAUUCAUAGAAACUUGACCGAAUAUGGGCAGAAAACCCAAAGAGAAAAUGAGGUUAGUUGUGACAGCUCUCGUGGCGAUUGUGUUCGGCUUCUUUCUAGGAGUGUCAUUUCCAACGAUUUCGUUGACUAAGAUGAAUCUCCCAUCCAGCCUUUUUCCUUCCAUUGACCUUUCAUACAUAGAGGAAAAGUACUCGGGGUUUUCAACGGAAGCACUGGUGAAUGCCUGGUCUUCUUUGAAGGGCAAGAAAGAUAUCUCCGUUAGAUACAUCUCUACUGAUGCAAAGAUAUGGGUUCCAACAAAUCCUCCAGGUGCUGAGAGACUACCCCCUGGCAUCGUAGAAUCUGAGUCAGAUCUUUAUCUUCGUCGGUUAUGGGGUCUGCCCAGUGAGGACUUCACCAUCAAGCCAAAGUAUCUUGUAACCUUUACUGUAGGCUAUGCUCAGAAAAAGAAUAUUAAUGCAGCAGUUAAAAAGUUCUCAGAAAACUUCACAAUUGUUUUAUUCCAUUAUGAUGGUCGGACAAGUGAAUGGGAUGAGUUUGAGUGGUCAAAGCGGGCUAUCCAUGUGAGCAUUCGGAAGCAAACUAAAUGGUGGUAUGCCAAGCGUUUUUUGCAUCCUGACAUUGUGGCAUCCUAUGAAUACAUAUUUAUUUGGGAUGAAGAUCUCAGUGUGGAGCACUUCAACGCCGAGGAAUACAUAAAAUUAGUAAGGAAACAUGGGCUGGAAAUAUCACAGCCUGGUUUAGAACCAAACAAUGGGCUAACAUGGCAGAUGACAAAGCGGAGAGGUCAUAGUCAAGUUCACAUGCAGACAGAGGAGAAACCUGGUUGGUGCAACGAUCCGCAUUUGCCUCCCUGCGCAGCGUUCGUAGAAAUCAUGGCGCCUGUGUUUUCUCGGGAUGCAUGGCGUUGUGUUUGGCAUAUGAUUCAGAAUGACCUGGUCCAUGGUUGGGGUCUUGAUUUUGCUCUCAGACGAUGUGUAGAGCCUGCGCAUGAGAAAAUAGGAGUCGUAGAUGCACAGUGGAUUAUCCAUCAAGGUGUUCCUUCACUUGGAAACCAGGGGCAAGCAGAGAGUGGGAGAGCGCCAUGGGAAGGGGUGAGGGAGAGGUGUAGAAGAGAAUGGACUAUGUUUCAAGCACGAAUGGUUGGUGCAGAGAAAGCGUAUUAUGAGGAAAUGGGAAUUGAUUCCUCAAAUUCAACAGCACGUUAGAGGGUAGCCAAAACUGGCCAAAAGGAACUUGUGCCACUCAAGGAAUUAAGUGUAGUUUCAGUAUACAGUAACAUUGCUUUUAUUCCCCCCCCCCCCCCCCCUUCUAUCUCUGGCUGUCAUUUUCAUGUGUUACACUUCAUAUAGUCGGAACUCGAAUCAAUAUAUA